CUAAUUAUAAGCACUUAAAUUUUUAAGUUAAAACUCAUAUGAUACAAUUGUUUGAUUAAAUGGUUUUUUAUCAUAGAGUGGUUCUAUCGAGAGAGGUCUCUAAGAAACAUGGCUUACUUUAUUAUUCAUUAGGUAGAUAUAAUAUAUAUCUUCAUCGUUACUUUUACAUUGGAUUCAAUUUAGUAUACUUUUUCGUUUAGAUAGAAACAUGACUUACUUUUUUUUUUGAUGAAUCGGCGGGAUCUUUAUUCAUAAAAAAAGUGCUUUUGCUAGCAACACCCUUGCUAGCUAGGGGAGUAUCACCAAUCAACGGCAAAGACAGCAAAGAAACAAUCAAAAACAAAACCUACCUCUGUGACAGAUUAAGCUAGUCAUUCCAAAACAGAUUCACCCUAUCUCUCCCAAGUACAUACAAAAUCUCAGUUUUUAUACCAGACAUCAGUUCUUAAAAACCCCUCACCUUAUCACCAUAUAGUCGACGACAUCUUUCUCUCCAAGUCUGACUGAUCCAUGUUUGCCAUAUAAACCUACCUGUUUUAGCUUCUUUUGUUUGCUUGUUAUACUUCUCCAGCAGCCAUGAAACCAUGGCCUCCCAUGUUUGGAACUCGGGGACCUGCAUAGGACCUGUAAACAACUCAUCAAGAAUCUGCCUAGCAAAGGGGCAGAGAACAAACAUAUGCUGCCUACUUUCAACUCCUCCCCCAUAAAGAACACAAUUCAACGAUCCCUGGAAGCCCCAUUUUUGCAAUUUCUCCUUAGUUUGUACACUUCCUCUGAUUACCAACCAAGUAAUCAGUCGAUUACUUGGUAUAGCCACACCCUUCCAGAUUAAUUUCCACCAAGUAACCCUCUGCUGAGCAGGUCUAACAAGCUGCCAGACUCGUUUAAUAGAAAAUCGAGGCAUUGGUAACCCAUCAAGUAAUAAAACACCAUCCCUGUUUGAAAUAAAAGGAGCUAUUCUGCUUCUGAGCUUCAGAAUUUUGCACCAAUGGCUUACUUUUACAUUGGACGUUGUUCGUCAUUUUUAAAACUUCGAUAGUCAAAUACAUCAAAUACUUUCCUAUAUUAUUAAUGAAGAACUUACCAAACUAAAUAGUUACUUCAACCCCCAACAACAUGAACCAUACCAAAAAUAUAUACCUUUACUUAUACAUGACAACAUGAGAAUCAAACUCUCCCGGCCAAGAGGCCGGGCCAUAAUCUAGUGCUAAAAUAUAUUCUCCAACAACUAUUCCAAAAAGAUAAAAAGUAAAAAAUUGGAUAAAUUUAGGCCAAAUACCCAAUACAAAAAGACAAGGAAAGCCAAAUUAUAGCCAGAUCUAUGGGUCCCACUGUUUUUCAAGAAGCCGACGCGUGUAGGGAGUGGGCGCGAAACGCACGGCGUGGAGCCAAUCCGUGUCGCGCGUUUCAUGCACUUCCCUAGCGCGCAUCAACUCCUUUAUUUCUAUUUUAAAAAAAUAAUUCUGUUUCAGUCACCCAAUUAAAUACCAAUGGCUCUAUUAGCCCCCAACAACCCUUUUUUCGCAGAUUCCUGUAUAAAUACUCCAUGUUUCUUCACUUUAAUUUCAUCACUUCCAAUUUCUUCUCUCAUUCUUAUCACAAAUAAUCUUCCCAAAAAAUUACAACUUCUCAUACUCCCAAACUCCUGAUCAUGUCUCAAACUAAUCGCGCACCAAUUUUGAAGGAGUUCGAAGAUGAAGUUUUGUGCAAGGCUUGGAUGAAAUUUCAGAGGAUGGUUUGGAUGAAAUUUCAGAGGAUGGUUCUGUCGGCCAUCAUCAAUCAGGGCCUGAGUCUUGGAGGCAAAUUGGAGUCCUAUAUGCUGCUAAAGGAUGGGAAAUUCCGCGUAGCGAUGGGGCAUUGAUUGCUCGAUGGGGGACUAUCAACCAUCAAUGUGGGUCGUGGAAUGCGGCGCUGAGGAGAGCAAGCGCGAUACUAAUAAGUGGAGAAAAUAUAAGUGAUGACGUUAGUUGAGUUCUAAUAAUUAUUAUCAUGUGUGUUAUUUUUUAUUUAAUUUGUAGUUUAUUAUCAUAAUUAUUAUACAUGCCUUAAUUGUCUAGGUUGAACGAGAAAACAAUUUUCGUAGCAGACACCGGGAAACAAUUCAAGCUGAAGCAUUGUUGGGACAUACUCCACAAGUCUCCAAAUUUUAUGGAACUAUUGUCAGGGAAAUAGUAUGGAAGAGAACGAUUGAAGGCGUGAUUUGAUCACUCUCCUUAGAGUGUUUAUUUGCCCCCACUACUUCGUUGCUGGUAGGAUUUAGGCAAACCACCCCUAGGAGUCCCUCCAAUCAAAGUCAGAAAGCAGCACCUUUCGUGACUUCUGUGUUUGUGUUUUUGGAGAAGGAAAACAAGGAGAAGAAGAUGAACGUUGGAACAGAAGUUCGGCUACAGAACUUUUAUAGUGAAAACGACAGUUCCCUUUCGAAGGGUUACGUCGUUUCACAAAAUUCAAAAUCAAAUAAUUAUCCGGAUUAAUUAAUUAAAACAAUUCCGGUAAUUAAAUAGCCACACUUUUUCCAGAAGCCCACUAACCACUUUAUCCAAUAACUAAAGUGGAAAACAAACUUAAAAACAACUUGCACUUUCCUUCUCCCACCAAUGUGGUAUUUCCUUUACUCUUUGACUACUCUAACAACUAUUUACAAGUCCGGUAUCACCCAUUCCACCAAUGACCGACUCUUCAUCGACAAUGCCAUCCGAUGAAAGUGAUAGUCCUAAUGUUCAUGGGUCUCCUACUGCGGUGACCAGUACGGAAGGUCAAGAUAAAAGAAGAAGAAAAGAGGAACUUCAUAGCUUUCACAGAAGUUUGGGAGAAGAAUAUGAUCAAUUUGGUCGAAAAUUCGAAUACACAUGCAAGGUUGUCGCUUUCUAUUGAGGAACUCGAUGAUGAGUGGUGAAACCAGAGGCUCCAUGUGGGCAAAUUUACAUUGAAUGGGCCUAAUGGGUCGAUUGGUGCUGGAGUAAGGCCUAUGGACUAUGAGGUUGAUUUUGGAAUUGGGCCACGAGCAUGCUUGCAAUCCAAAAUGCAUGGUGUAAGCCUUUAGUGUUGAGGUCCGGUUUGAAUUCUCAAACCACAAUUUUACCCACGAAUUCCCUCUUCAAAUCGACGAUUUAGCUAAUAUUAAAGUUAUCAAUGUGUCAUACCAUAGGUUGGCAAUGCCGAUUCCACCUCUGUUUUUUUGACCUAAUACCUAUGAAGAGUUUGAAUCUUACUCAGCAAUCAUUUCAGCGAGAUGAUUUCUCCUCAACUCACUAAGAUUAACUAACUGACAUCUCUUAGCGUGAUGUAAAAUAAUUAAUAUGACAAAUGUCU